AUGGAAGGACCCCUGGAAAGUCAGGAGAUCAUACAGGACCGUAUAGUCGGAGGUUACGCUCCAGCCCCCAAUUCCAUCAAAUACAUUGUAUCCUUACAGACCACCAAGGGACAGCACUUCUGUGGCGGAUCGCUAGUGCACAAGUACUGGGUGCUUACAGCCGCUCACUGUAACAUAGGGACCGAUCAGAUGAUGAUUGUGGCAGGGGACUACUCACUGAGUAUGUUUGAGGGAACGGAGCAGUAUUCCAAACCUCACAGAAUCAUCCCCCAUCCUCUGUACAACAAGACCACCAACAAUGCUGACAUCAUGCUCAUCAAGCUGAGGGUUCCCAUGGUGAUGGGUAGCUAUGUGUCCCUGGCGCCCCUCCCUCGGCAGGGUACAGGGGUUAUGGCGGGGCGGGUGUGUCGUGUGUCGGGGUGGGGGUACACCUCUCUGGGAGAGGGUCAGAUCCCCUCCACCCUGCGGACUGUCAAGCUGCCCAUCGUGUCAUCGGCCAGGUGCAACAGCAGCGAGUCGUUCAACGGGAACAUCACCUCCAACAUGAUCUGUGCCGGAUACAAUGCUGGUGGCAAGGACGCGUGCAAGGGAGAUUCCGGCGGGCCGCUGGUGUGCGAGGGGCGUGUCUACGGUGUGGUAUCAUGGGGAAACGGCUGCGGAGAUGCCAAGUUCCCGGGUGUUUACACAGCGGUGUCCAAGUUCCGGCGGUGGGUCGACAGAACCAUCUACAGCUCCUACACACGCUGUCUGAAGUAUUAA